AUGCUCAUCGAUCAGUUCCCCAGAGCUUCCAAGGCGGCAGACUUUGUCGAGGGGCAACAAGUCACCGUCCAUGGCUUCCUCUCGGGUAAGAGAGUGAAGGGGUCAGCACUGGCCUUUGCGGACAUCCAAAUUGAUGGAGGCCCAAAGAUCCAGAUUGUCUCAACUUUCAAGAAGCAGAACAGCCCGGCUCAUGCAGCUCAUACUGCUCUGCGUUCUAUCCCCCUUCACAGCCCAGUGUCCGUGACCGGGACAGUAGCCAAGUUAUAUGGCACCCCUUCUCCGGCCGAGUCGUCGUCGACAGCUCCUGGGAGCUUUCCUGACGGUGUCUCCCGGAUCGAUAUCGAUCUAGAGUCUAUUCAACCCUUGAAUGUGUUCCCUAAGGACAUUAUUGUCUCCAAGGAUGUCCAGUUCCCCCCGACUGCCCGCCAUCUCCAAAUUCGCUUCUCCGACCCCCUGCGUUCUCGUCUUCUCGCUCGGCCCAAGAUGGCUUUGCAAUUGCGCCAGUCGCUUGACCGUCUGGGCUUCACCGAAGUCGAGACUCCCGUCCUGUUCAAGUCGACGCCUGAAGGCGCUCGAGAGUUCCUGGUGCCGACAAGACGCGCCGGCUUCGCAUAUGCCCUGCCCCAGAGUCCCCAGCAGUACAAGCAGAUGCUCAUGGCUAGCGGUAUCCGGGGCUACUACCAGUUUGCUCGUUGCUUCCGGGACGAGGAUCUGCGUGCCGACAGGCAACCAGAGUUCACACAACUGGAUCUGGAGAUAUCCUUUGCCACUGGAGAAGAUGUUAUACGCACUGUUGAGUCCAUUGUCUCCGACCUGACGCAGUCCCUGACGACAAAUUUCACUCAUGUGAAGAAGGGGGACGAGGUGUAUCUCGCUCCGAAGAGGGUUCAGGAACCUGCAGAGGCGGAGGGGCUGGACAUCCAACCAUGCUACACAAAGCCCCCGUUCCCUCGUAUCACGUACGAGGAAGCUAUGACAAGGUUCGGUAUCGACAAGCCCGACGCGCGGAUUCCGUUCGAGAUCCAUCGGCUCGACCAUAUUCUUCCCAAGUCUUUUGUCUCCAUGAUUACCGAUCUUGAGAACCCUGUUGUCGAGGGUUUCAGGUUCCGCCCCCAACAAGAAGACCUUCCAGAGUCAGGUCCUUCGGCCGCCAUGUUUGACGAGAUCAUGAAGAACCUUCCUCCUGCCCUGGAGAAGAACCCCGAUGGUGCUCCAGUUGCCCUUGUGAUCGACUCCAGGAAGCCCCUGCGCGGCCUAUCCCCUCUUGGUUUCGAGGGGGUAGCGGCUUUAGAGAGUGGCGAGCCUGGCCUGGAGGAGUUUGCUGACUUGGAAGAUGGCGACGUUCUUGUCUUCCAAGCCCGCGAGAACAAGCCCUUCCAGGGCGGCUCAACUGCCCUGGGUACAUUCCGUACCCUGGUCUACCAGCAGGCUGUGUCGAAGGGCCUUCUUCCCCGUGACUUGAGCUUCCGGUUCCUCUGGGUCGUCAACUUCCCCAUGUUCACCCCUGACAACGAUACCGAUCCGGGCCAAGGCGGCUCGGCAGGCUUCUCGGCUACCCAUCACCCUUUCACCGCGCCCCUGACCGACGCGGAUGUCGAACUGCUGGCCACCGACCCCCUAAAGGCCAGAGCAGAUCACUACGACCUGGUGGUCAACGGCGUCGAGCUGGGCGGCGGCAGUCGCCGUAUCCACGUCGCCAAGAUGCAGGAGUACAUCAUGAGGGAGAUUCUGAAGAUGACUGACCAGGGUGUCGCUCAGUUCUCUCACCUUCUUGAGGCACUGCGUGCCGGCUGUCCUCCUCAUGCAGGCUUUGCCCUGGGCUUCGACCGUCUCGUCGCAGUGCUCACCUACACUGACUCCGUCCGCGACGUCAUUGCCUUCCCCAAGUCGAUGAAGGGCGAGGAUCUGACUGUCAAAAGCCCAAGCAAAAUCACGAAGGAGCAGCUUGAGACAUAUCACCUUGCCUUUGCUGGCAAGAAGUGA